UUUGAAAGUUUGAAGCAGUUUGAAGUGUCACUUCGUCAAAAGUCAAGACUUGCUGUUGUACUUCUUGAAAAAUUAAAAUAAACUUAUCUAUCGAUGAUCGUGAUUUUGGGAUAUACAUACAUACUUUGUAAACGUAGUUGACAAAGCCUUUAAUUUUUAAUUUUCUUUGGAAAUCAUGACUACUCCUAAUAAUGUACCACACGUCGAUCGUGAGCUGGAUCUGUCAAAUACUGGUAGAGGUGUUUGGCUUGUGAAGGUACCAAAAUAUAUAGCCACAAAAUGGGACAAAGCUCCUGGGGACAUCGAAGUGGGGAAACUGAAAAUUUCUCGUGUAGCUGGUCAACGACCCCAAGUUCAGUUGUCGUUGUCUGAGGCAGUUUUAUGCCUCAAAGACGCAGGAGAGCAAAAUAUACCAAAGGAACACCGUCUUGAUGUAUCUAAUGUCACUAGACAAUCUUUAGGUGUCUUUUCUCACAUAGUUCCUACAAAUACGGAUUCAGUGGUACCAGAAUGUGAAAAAUUGUUCAUGGAGGGUAGGAUAGUUCAAAAGCUAGAGUGUAGGCCAUAUGCAGACUCAAUUUACUAUAAACUAAAAUCAGAAUCAAUUAGAAAGGCGUCAAUGCCACAAAGACAAGUACAACAAUUAGAAAGAAUAGUGCAAAACUUUAAGCCUGUUUCGGACCAUAAACAUAAUAUUGAAUACCAAGAGAGGAAGAAAGCAGAAGGCAAGAAAGCUCGUGACGACAAAGAAGCUGUUCUUAAUGUACUAUUUGCUGCUUUUGAAAAGCAUCAGUAUUAUAAUAUAAAGGACUUACAAAAGAUAACUAGACAGCCCAUUGUUUAUUUGAAAGAGAUUUUAAAAGAAGUGUGCAAUUACAACUUGAAAAAUCCACACAAAAAUAUGUGGGAAUUGAAGCCUGAAUAUAGACAUUAUAAACAAGAGGUACCCGUUGAGCCCAAGGAAGACAAAAAUAGCUCCGAUAGUGACUAAUAAUGAUCAUGCUUUAAUAAUUCCAAAUUAUUUUUACCUAAGUGAUUUGUUAACAAUGUUUUAUAAAGAACUGAAAUAAAUCUGUUAAUCUUUAACAAA